UUCCGGGCAAAUUCAAAGUGUUCAAAACGGUGCCAACGAAAUACUUGAAAAAACGAUUUCAUAUUUUGUAAAAGCUUCAACGAAUAAAAAAAUUAAUCACAACAAAAAAAAUGUCGCCCAUCAGCAAAAUUGUUAUCCUUUCUGUGGUGCUAAGUGCUUCCAUGGUUAAUGCACGACCAGGUUAUGCGGUUGAUUAUUAUGAUCAUCCUAAAUAUGCCUUCAAUUAUGGUGUUGCUGAUCACACAACUGGCGAUGUCAAAUCGCAACACGAAACCCGUGAUGGUGAUGUAGUUAAAGGUCAAUAUUCUCUGGUAGAACCCGAUGGUUCCAUACGUACCGUUGACUACACGGCCGAUUCGAUAAAUGGUUUCAACGCCGUUGUAACCAAAUCAGGACCCACCGUUCACGCUCAGGCUGUUGUGGCCAAGCCAGUGGCUGCGGUGGCUCCUGUGGCCCAUGUGGCCCCAGUUGCGGUAGCAGCCAAGCCUGUGGUGGCCUAUCAACCAGCCUACAAACAUGUGGCCCAAGCGCCCGUGUAUGUGGCACCAGCGCCUGCUCCAUAUGUUCAUAAAUCAUAUGUCGCCCCGGCACCCAUCCACUAUGACUACGAUGAUGGUUACUACAGCAAUGGCCAGUACGAGUAUAUUCCCCACUAUGGAUCCUAUGGCCAUCAGCAUCAACAUUAUGCCGGCCACUAUUAAGCCGUCCACCAGCCACCCAUCCACCACCUGGAAUUAAACAAUGACUAGUACAAGUGCUUCUUUCACCUUUACGUAUUCAUAUCUUCUUUUUUAUAUUAACAUUAUUGUAAACCUUUAUUCGAAAUUGUUUAAUUUAAUUUAAAUACAUAUUCUAAUUUCUUCUUUCUUUUUCCGAAAAUUUCCGAACUAAUAUUUAAGUUGCAUUGUAAUCUUCGUAAUUUUUUAUAUUAUAACGAAUUUAGAUGUUAAGUUUUGCAAAGAAAACCAAAUUGAAAAUAAAGAGAGACGAA